UGGAGAAGUUAGUAAAACCGAAUCUGACAUCACUACCUAGCAGUUUGUGUAGCUAGCAAAGUGGUUUGUUCUUGGGGUAGCAGAGGAGGAAAUUGUUCCCUGUCUGAUAAGACAACAGCAAAGAAAGGACGCAUGCUGUUUCAUAGGAAUACAGCUGAUUUCCAGAUAUGACCAUGUAUUUGUGGCUUAAACUUUUGGCAUUUGGCUUUGCCUUUCUGGAUACAGGCGUGUUUGUUACAGGAGAAGACAAUACUCUUUCCAGUCCUGGACUGAACUCAACAGAAAAGCCCAGUGUUCUGGCUCCAAGCGACCCCUUACCUGCCCGCACCACUGCACUCUCACUUACAAGCAUCUCUGAAAGAGAAUAUAACUCCUCAGAGACCACGCCUACUCUUAGUCCAGACAAUCCUUCAACUGAAGACUUCCUGAACUCUUUGGAUAAUGCUAAUACUCUUAAUGUGACAGGAGUUACACAGCCGCCUACCUUCCCCACGCACGCAGACUCGCAGGCGCCCUCUGCCGGAUCUGACACGCAGACACCUAGCAGCACUGCUACCCCUCCCGCACUCACCCCUGCUCCGGGGAAGAAUGACACAUCAGGUUUUCCAGGAGAGACGAUUCCACCCAGCACCUUCCCUGCAGACACAGCUUUCACACCAGUAGCGACCCUCAGCCCCGCACUCAGCAGCUCUGCUGCCCUACCCUCACUCAUCUCCAGCAUCACCACCAAAGAUAACUCCUCAGAUCAGAGUCUUACGUCCACGCCACCCGCAACAAGCAUUAUGACUGCUUCCGCAACAGUUCCUACUACACCUAAGCAAUCAUGUGAUGAGAAAUAUAAAGUUAUCAGUGUGAAAUAUCGUUAUGACUAUGGAAAUAAUUCAUUUAUAGCAAAACUAAAUGUUAGCGAUGAUGUGAAGUGUGAAAAUGCCAUAUGUAAAAUGAAUGAGAUCCAUAACCUACCAGCAUGUGAAAAUAAGAAUGUUACUAUCAGUCAUACUUCUUGUGAUCCUCCAAAUAAAAUUAUAGAAUUGGACGUACCACCAGAUCCUGAAAGUUUUUAUUUGAAAACUUGUACAGAGCCAACAAAAGCAAAUAUUUCUAUUUGUUUAAGACUGGAAAAAAAGGAAAACUUUACUUGUGAUGAAAAAAAGAUUACACACGUACUUAAUUGUGCUAACUUUUCUUCAUCUAAUGAGACCGAAACUUAUUUGGAACCCCUUUCACCUAAACAAAAUUAUUCCUGUAAUUUAAAAGUAUUGUAUGGUGCCAAUGAGUUUUUGAACAAAAACGAAAGCUUUGAAACAGAUGUUGGAAGUCCAAAAGCACCUCCAAAUAUUACAUGCAAGCCUAUAAGCUCAACAGAAGGAAGGAUCACCUGGGAAAGCCCUGAAGAUUAUUUUGAUAAUUAUGUUCUUUGUUCGCUGCAUGCUUCAGGAGAAAACUGCAAAGCUCUGGGUAAAGAGGAGACCGAACAUAAUUUGCAAAAUUUGAAACCUUAUACAAAGUACAGUGUGUCAUUAAAGGCUUCCACCAUGGGAAAAGUACAACGUGAUGGACCUGCUGUGACAUGUGAAUUUGAAACACUUGCAGAUAAGCCAACCAACGUCAGGCACUUACUUGCUUCUCGGAUAUCAGAUAAUAGUAUUCUUGUGAAGUGUGAUCCUCCUUCGGACUUUAAAGGCCCCAAUAAUGGAUCCUACCAUCUGGAAGUCAAAACUGGAGAUGCCUUUGUUAAAAAUGAGUCACAAAUAUUUUGCCACUUCUCUGUACUAUAUCUUCAAUAUUCAACAAAAUACGAAUUUAAGGUCUAUUACAACAACGGACACCAUAAUGGAACUCCAGAAUCUGUUUUUCAUUCAACAUCUUAUAAUUCUAAAGCAUUGAUUGCAUUUCUGGUAUUUCUGAUCAUUGUGACAUUCUUAGCCCUGCUUUUCGUUCUCUACAAAAUCUAUGACCUGCGCAACAGAAGAUCCAGUGAUAUAGAUGAACAGCAGGAACUUGUUGAAAGGGAUGAUGAAAAGCAACUGAUGAGUGUGGAGCCAAUCCAUGCAGAUAUUUUGUUGGAAACUUAUAAGAGGAAGAUUGCUGAUGAAGGAAGACUGUUUCUGGCUGAAUUUCAGGUGU